AUAGCAACCAGCCUUUUUGACCAAUUUAUUAGCCCUGUACUAUUAGGCAUUCCUUUGAUUGCCCUUGCUUUUGUUUUACCAUGACUUCUCUUCCCUGCCCCUGCCAACCGAUGAAUCACUAACCGCAUGUUAACUCUGCAAAACUCUUUCAUUAGUAACUUCACAGCCCAACUACUAAAACCCCUUAAUACAGGGGGCCAUAAAUGAGCCCUUAUCUUUGCUGCUCUAAUACUAUUCUUAAUAUCUCUUAAUAUACUAGGACUCCUACCCUACACUUUUACACCAACAGCUCAACUAUCUGUUAAUCUAGGCCUGGCAGUCCCCCUUUGACUUGCUACUGUCCUGAUUGGAAUGCGAAACCAACCCACAAAAUCCCUAGCCCACUUUCUUCCAGAAGGUACCCCUAUCCCACUUAUUCCAGUACUUAUUAUCAUUGAAACUAUUAGUCUUUUUAUUCGCCCUGUAGCCCUGGGGGUACGGCUUACAGCCAACCUAACAGCAGGCCACUUACUUAUGCACCUAAUCUCCACAGCAGCUUACUCCCUCCUAUGCAUUAUACCCACUGUAGCAAUUCUAACAUCCAUUGUUCUAGUUAUACUCACAGUCCUAGAAAUUGCUGUAGCUAUAAUCCAGGCUUAUGUAUUUGUCCUCCUUUUAAGCCUUUACCUCCAAGAAAACGUUUAA